AUGGUUUUCGUCCGGAGGUUAGACGGUCUCACCUGCUCCCCUCUGUCUCAGCUCAGCUAUGCUCAGUUCGGCUCGGUUCGGUUCAGUUCGGCUCGGCUCGGCUCGGCUCGGUUCAGGUUCUCCUCCUCGGGACGGAUCCGGGUCCAGCUGCAGGUUCUUCAGCAGAAGCAGAAAAUCCGCAGGACUGAGGCUGAGCUCCGGUUCUUUGCGGCCACAUCCAGACUGUCAGGCUCGAGAGACCACCACACUCUGGACUUCCGGCGUCGGUUGUCCUCAGCAUCCUCCUCCAUCUCCAAGGUAACAGGCCUGUCACCAGGAUGUGGUUCCCGCAGCGAUGAGCCUCCAGCCUUCAUCCUCCCGCCCCGCAACGCCCGGGUCGCCCUUGGGGGAGAUGCCCGGCUGGAGGGGAAGGUACGCGGUCAUCCUGAGCCUCAGGUCACAUGGUCAGAGAGGGAAAGGCCUGUGAUUGGUGGAGGGCGCUGCGUCCUGGAGCAAGGUGGGCGGGGCAACUUCAGUCUGGUGGUGGGCGGAGUCACAGAGGAGGACCUGGGUCGCUACACCUGUCAAGCAACCAAUCAGGCGGGGAGCCCGGUUACCGUAGAGAUCCUUCUGGAAGGUGUCGCUCUGCGGUCCAGCAGCAGCGAGCAGGCCGAGUAUCUGGGGCGAGAGUCCGCCCAAGUUCAUCACCAAACCCAGCCGAGUGCUCGCCAAUAUGGGACAGACGGGAAAGUUCUCAGCCAAAACCACAGGACGACCUCCGCCACAGGUCACAUGGUACAAGGGGAGGCGGCGCUUCAGUCAGGUGGGCGUGUCCGUGUGUACGAGCGCUCUGGUCUGCAUUUUCUGGAGCUCCAGGACGUGUGUGUAGAGGAUGAAGGAAGUUACACAUGUCUGGUGCUCCUGAAGCUGUCUCCAGGUGAGUCCAGUCACACACCUGACUCUGAUACUUCACUUAUUGUCGGACACGAUCAGAUAAAGUCAUGUCAGCUGGUAAGAUCCUGUUUCAAGGACGCCAAGACACAGAUCCAGUCUGAGGGUUUCCUUCAGGGGACACUGAGGAGGCAGCGAGCUGUAAAACACGUCAUGUUUCUGGGUCUGCGUGUUUUACUGGUCCCAGCUCACUUUGGACACUCCUCCCAGCUCAGACCUCCCAGCCCAGCAGAGGACCGGACAGAGGACCGGGCUGCUCCCAAUGCUCCCAGUGCUCCCAGUGCUCCCAGUCCUCAGGCUCAGCAGCAAAGACACAGGGAGGACCACCAGCAGAGCGGCCCGUCUCAGCCCAGCAGGAGGGGGAAGCCUCCUGUACAGCCCCCUCCUGUGGCUGAGAGGAGAAGUGCAGCUCCUCAGGUCCAGACCGUCGUCAGUCCUGAUCCAGCUCAGACCGGUUCGGUCCAGAAGUCAGUGAGCGGCUCAGACGGCGGCAGGGCAGUGAGGAGGUCUGUGUCAGGGUCCAUCCUGAGGUUCGAGGCAGUUCCUCUGGACCAGGAGGCCACAGAGGGAGCUCAGGUCACAUUUACCUGCCAAGUUUCCUCCCUCACUGUUGCCACGGUGACAUGGUUGAAGGAUGUCGGUCCAGUACGGAUGGGUCCGGGUCUGCAGCAGAGACAGGACAGGACCCGUCUGACCCUCACCAUGGAGAGAGUGAGACAGGUGGACCAGGGGACGUACAGGUGUCAGCUGAUCACUGCAGACGGACUCACUGUGGACUCGGCCACAUGGACCCUCAGAGUGAAUAGCUGCAGACUGCAGGGUCAAAGGUCAGAGGUCAGAGGAGUCUGUGAGGCUCCGCAAUUCAUCCGCCGCCUUGCCGACCUGAAGGUGAUGGACGGGAGCAGAGUUGCCAUGACGGUGGAGCUGAUGGGUGAUCCCCCUCCUGAGGUGGUGUGGCUUCAUGACGGGCAGGAGGUGACAGAGUCUGAGGACUUCCACCUCCUCAGGGAGGAGAACCGCUGCACUCUGCUGAUCCAGGAGGUUUUCCCAGAAGACAACGGGAGCUACAGCUGCCAGGCCUGGAACCAGUACGGAGAGGACCACACCCAGUGCCACCUCACCGUGGAGGAGCCUCAGGACGGCGUACAGCCCUGGUUCAUCACCAAACCCAAACCGGUGAGCGCUGUGGUGGGUCAGCACGUCCUCCUGUCCUGUGCCAUCGCUGGAGACCCGCUCCCCCUGUACACCUGGACCAAAGGAGACCUGAGCAGACCUCUGACCUCUGGAGGAGAUUUUGAGCUGCUGCAGAAAGAGGACGUGGUCUCGCUGCUUAUCAGGAGAGUGAAGGAGCACCAUGCUGGAGAUUACCUGAUCUCUCUCAGGAACACAGUCGGGGACUGCAGUGCUGUGGCCUGUCUGUCUGUCUCUGAUGGAGAGACAGACAGGACGAGAGGACGAGGAGGACGAGCGGGAGAGGACGACAGCUCUGCAGCGACAGGAGAAGAGGAGGAGGAGGAGGAGGAAUGCCAGAGGAGAAGAGGAGGAGAAGGAGGAGUGGAACAGAGAGGCAGCAGUAGCAGCGUUGGUGUCAAUCGGCAGGAGGCCAACCAGGAGCAGAAGGAGAGCCAGCAGCUCCUGCACCUGCAGCCGGAGGAGAGGAAGAAGCAGAAGGAGACUCAGGAAUCCUCCGCCACUGCUGCCGCUCCAAGAGGCCUCCUCAGACACUGCGUGGACACCAGGGAGCGCGGUGAGGAGGAGCUGCGACAGAGGGAGGCGCAGCAGCUCGAUUCCGCUUCUCUGCUGGGACUCCGAGCUCUCAACACCAAACACCAGGAAGAGGAGCAGAGGGAGGCAGGCCUCGCCGCCGCCACCAAGACACGCAAUCCGAUGGAUUUUAAAGCCAACCUGAAAGGUGUCAAACCCAAGACAGAGGACAACAAGGCUGCUCCCCCGGGCCAGGUCGACUUCCGCUCUGUGCUGGGGAAGAAGGGCGCCGCUGGCAACGGGAACAACCUGCAGAGAAGAACGCAAGCCGGAGACUUUCGCUCUGUUCUCAGCAACAAGAAGAAACCAGGGAGCCCUGAGAAGAACGGCGAGGGUGGGAAGACCGAGGUGAACAACUGUGUGGAUGGAGGGAUUAAUGAGAAGAAGAGGCGGGGAGGAGGAGGGAAGGAGCCGGUCAUUGUGGAGAAACUGAGUAACGUGACGGUGCUGGAUGGGCAGCGUCUCCGGCUGCAGUGCCGGCUCGCCGACGCCGCUGGUGCCACCGUCACCUGGACACUGGAUGGAAAGGUCAUCAAGGCGUCCAAGUUCAUCGUGCUCGCCAACGAAGGCGGGCUGUGCUCUCUGACGAUCGGUAAAGCUCUCCCUGAGGAUGAAGGAGAGUAUAAAUGCAGAGCGGAGAACUCAGCAGGGAAAGCUGAGUGUUCCUGUAUGGUUCUCGUGGACGACCCCUCAGAGAACUCUCCGGCUGACAAGAAGUCGAAGAAGGCGACUCCGACCUCAGAGAGUGAAGCCAGAAUCAAGAAACCCACAGCCAAGACUCCUCCCAAACAAGCCAUCCCUCCUCAGAUCCUUCAGUUCCCAGAGGACAUGAAGAUCCUGGCCGGGGAGAAGGUGGAAAUCCUCUGCAAGUUCUCUGGAGCUCCGCCCAUCAACUGCACCUGGCUGAAGUUCAGGAAACCAAUCCAGGAGGGCACGGCUGGGAUCUCGUCCAUAGAGAGCAGUGACAGCAGUAGUCUGUUGACCAUCAGCAGCGGUCAGCAAGAGCACUGUGGCUGUUACACCAUCGAGCUGAGGAACAGCUACGGCCUCCGCCAGGCUGCACUCAACCUCACCAUCGUCGACAAACCCGACCCCCCAGCUAAGAUCCCUGCGACCUCAGACAUCCGGCGUGCCAGUCUGACCCUAUCCUGGUACGGUCCCACGUACGACGGAGGCAGCGCCGUUCAGUCCUACAACGUGGAGAUCUGGGACUCUGUGGACCCUCAGUGGAAACACCUGGUGUCCUGUAACAGCACCUCCUACAACAUACAGGACCUCCUCCCCGAACGGGAGUACAAGUUCCGUAUCCGGGCCGAGAACAUCUACGGAGUCAGCGAGCCGGGCGCAGAGUCUGAACCUGUGACAGUCGGGCUGGUGGACGAUAACCAGGAGGAGGCCGAGGAGGAGGACGAUGACUCGGAGAAGGAGCCGGACUACAGGGACGUGACGGUCAGAGCAGACAUGAAGGUGAAGGAGCUCUAUGACGUGGAGGAGAGGCUGGGAACGGGGAAGUUCGGUCAAGUGUUCAAACUGGUGGAGAAGGCGACGAAGAAGGUGUGGGCAGGGAAGUUCAUCAAGGCGUACUCUGCAAAGGAGAAGGAGAACGUGCGGCAGGAGAUUGGUAUCAUGAACAGCCUCCAUCACCCCAAACUGGCGCAGUGCAUCGACGCCUUCGAGGGCAAGUCCGACAUCGUCAUGGUGCUUGAGAUGUACGUGAGGAUUCCCUGA